UUUCAUUUAUUGUUUACAAUUUGAACUUGUUUUACAGUUUUUCUGAAUCGUAUUGCUAUGAUUUUUUUAUUUCUUUAACUCACCUUUCCUUUUUCAAUGAUGGAGGUAAUACCCAUAGACGAGGAUGAUGAUGAUAAUGAACUCCACUGCCAUCAACAAUUACAGUUUAUUUCAAGUGAGAAUACAAAUGAAAGUACUGAUUUAUCGUCUUUGGAGUGUUCAUAUGCUGAUGCUCAUCUACUCCAAGAAAAACUCAAAAUGCUCAAUGUUUACAUUAGUAAAUUGAUUUCGGUUAAUUCAAAAGUAACUAAAGAAAAAAAUGAUGCCAUCAGUGAAAAAAGAAUCUGCAAAACGCAAGUUGAUGAAUUAUCUAAAGAGAAGGAAAAAUUGGAAACCGAAUUGAAAGAAGCUACACGAACCGUCGAUCUAUUGCAAGAGGAAUUAAAUGACAAACAUCUUCAAUUAAGUGCAUUGAAAUCACGAUUGGACGGGACCUCUUGUUUGGAUAUUAAUCAAUUGAAAGCAUCCAUCAGUGAUUUAAAACGCAUGUUAACUGUUGAACAAGAGAAAAGUGAACAUUUAAUUUCUAAAGUUGAUGAUUUGCAAUUAGCUGUUGAUGAAAAGAAUAGCCGAAUAUCUCAAUUGGUUAAUGAACUACAACAAUAUGAAAUUGAUAAAGCAUCCUUGGAAAACGAAGUUCAAGAAUUGUUAAAAGAUAAACAAUGUUUAGUUGAGGAGAAAGAAAAGCUUGAACAAAAGCUCGAAGACAUUGUAUUGGAUCGUGAAAUUGAUGCAGAAGAAAGAUUUCAAGACUCUAAAGAUUCAAAUAUCAUGAUUCCUCAAUUAAUGAAAUUAGUUAUACGUGAUAAAAACGACGAAAUCGAUGAAUUAACAAGUCAACUCAAAGAAAUAGAAGAAAGGAUUGCAAUCAUCCUACCUUUUUCUCAACAAAAUUCAAGUCCAAUUUCAAUGGUGGAUGAGUUGGUAAACAACUAUCUAAGUUUGAAAAAUAAGGAUGAUCUUAGAUCAACCAUGAAAAGUCCAGUUCCCAGUAUGUUAUCCCAGUGUCAAAGCCUUCCUCCUUCGCCAAGACGAUCAAUUUAUGAGAAUUUACUGUCUUCUAACAAAUCCAGUUCCUUGAAACUCGUGCGAAAUGGUGAUAAAUCAUUUAACCCUGACUCUGAGAAAGAAAUAUCUGAACUUCAAUUGAAAUGUGAUAAGAUGUACUUCGCAAUGAGCAACUUGAAAGAAGAAAAUGAAAUUUUAAGAACUGAACUUGAAAACCUUCGUGAAGAAAGGCGACCUAUGGAAUUGCCAUCUGUAAAUAAUAAUGAUUUAAUGGACAAAGAUUCAGAUUUCAUUGACGAAGAGGAUAGCAUUGAAGAUGCUUUGCUCAAAAUUCACAAACAAAGCACUGAGAUAGUCGCUCUUAGUGAAACUUCCAAAAUAUCUCAAGAAACAGUUAUUCAAGCAAUUAUUGACAUUCUUCCUGAUAUUUUAUUGGAUCAAAAUAAUGGAAAUGCUACCUAUGAUGUCAUCGAUACAAAGCAUUAUGGAAACAAUCAUUAUGAUAAGUGUGAUAUCAAUAGUGAGAGAAUUCAAUCGUUUUUGGAUAAAUUCCGAGCUAAAAAACUUGGAAUCCAGUUGUUGGAGAAAUUGUGGGAAAUUAAAAAGGUUUACUCAGAUGCCCAUGAGAAGGUGAAAUUUCAUAUUAUCCAAAAUGAAACUAUUUCUGGUCAAUUGUCAGCUUUGGAGGCUGCAUUAAUUAAAGCUCAAGAAAAAUUGGAUGUUUACCAAAAAAAGUACGACAAGGUUAAGAAGAAGCUCAAAGAACAAAGCAAUGCCAAACUAACUCAGCCAAGUAACAACAAUAUUCACAAAGACGUUGUUAGUUAUAAUCAUAACGGAAAUUCCUAUCCAACCGUAAAUCCAAUUGACAAGGUGAAGGUUGAUCAAUGUAGUCAUGGUGAACUAUACCAUCAAUACAGAAGAUGUUUAAGUCACCGAAAUUCACUGAUUUAUCAGAAAAAAUAUCUGCUCAAUGUUCUUGGAGGUUAUCAAUUGACUGAAAGAGCAACUCUUGCACUUCUUGCAAAUCCAAAUGUUACCACUAAUGAAUCAUCUUUACCUAACCCAGGACGAUUACGUUUUAAAAGCAUGGUGAUUGCUGUUAUUGCCAUUCACAGGAUUGUUCACAUCCGUUUAAAACAUUUAACAUACCCAGCAAAAAAUGACCCACAACCGAUUACCCAAACAUCUUCCAAAGUCACUGUUCUUCCAUCAACUCUUCAUGUUGAUUUGUCACCAAAUCCAAUAUCUUCUAAACCAAUAGCCAAGGAUCAAUCAACCACUUUAAAAAGUGUUCAAACCAAUGCAACUAUAAGAGAGUUUGUCACUCGCCUCCAGCGACUUCAACGCACACUUGGAGUUCAUUAUGAAACUCGAUAUAACGCUAAUGAGAUACUAUUUUCAGAUGAAAAAACUUGAUUACUCUUUUUCUGGUUUCUCAGUGUAAAUGUUUAUACUCAAACAAGUCUACCAUUGAUCAUAACUAAAGUCACUUCCCACUAUUCU